AUGUCAGAUUCAGAAGACUCCUCCUUGGAUGUUAAUGAAUACACUAUUGAUGACUACUAUAAACUAGUCAAACCUUUGCUACAGGCAAGAAACUCCAAUACAAGUUAUUUGAAUGAUCACAAACUACUAAGAACUUUGGUUGACUUUAAUUUGUCUCAUUCUUUGUCACUAAAAAAUUUGGCCAAACGUGAAUUGGAAAUUGGCGAUUUAAUCCCAACAAAAAUAAAUUAUAUUGAUACUGUGGUUGUCAAAUUCAAUGCUGCAGAUCCUACUGCUUUUGCUCCCACUACUGGCACCCCUUAUACCACACAUUAUGCUGGAUGCUUUAGAAAUAAGUAUGUCGAAUUUUGUCCUCAUUUCGCAAUCUCAGCUUAUUUGUUUAGUCGGUUUCACAUACCUGAUGAAUAUGGUUCUUAUGAAUUUAUAUUUAGUGAUUCAUCCAAAAAAAUAUCUUUAGAAAAUGUAAAGCUAAUAAAGGGUAAUAACAAGCUUUCUGCAAUCAGCUAUAGCCAACAGCACAAGUCGUCUAUUAAUGCAUUGAGUAUAAGUGGCUUAAAUUAUAAAGAUAUCAAUCUAACUAAAUUAUUAUCAACCCAUGAUAUUGAAACUACCGAGAAAUUGGCAUCAAAAUCAAUCGAGCUGUUGAGUAACCAAGUCAUGUUGAAUUUAUCUGGGUUUAGAAAUUUUGAAGAGUAUAAUUUAGUACGAAACUCAAUCGAGCCUCCUCAAUCCUUGUUAGAUAAAAUCUUCCCCUUUAUAGAUGAAAUCACUCCCGAGGAAUAUUCCAAGGAAAUGUUGCAAGUGAAACAAUUGUUGAUUAUGUUGAGGAAAAGUUUGGUUCAAGAUAUGGUCAUUAUCAAGAAAAAGUAUCCAUUAAACCCAUUGUCAAAAAGUGACUUGUUUAGCUCUAUGGAGUUUUUACAAUUCUUGAACUCAGUGGAAGCUUCUAAUAAAUUGGACAAUAUUAUAAACCAGUCUAUGUUUGGUCCAGAUGAUGAUAAGACAGAAAGUGAUGUUGAUGAUACAAAUUCUUGGCCAUCUGUAAUUCAAGAAUCGGAAACCAAUCCAAAAGACUUGAAUAAAAUCAUUGAAUUCCAGAAUACCAAAAUUAAGAAUUUGGAUAAUUUGAUCAAUAAUGUUUACAAGCAACAGCAAGAACGUACUAAUGAAUUGUUGAGAAGUUUUAUUGAAAAUCAAAAUGGCAUUUUCCAAUCCCAAAGUGAAGCAUUAAAUAAAAUCUCCAAUUCUAUAAAUGGUUUAAUAAUUUUAAUGACUUCCCAAAAUAAGAAUGCUUUGACAUUAGCUAACCAGACAUUACAUGAAACAUCAAACUUGAUUAAAACCAUUGAACAAACAAACCUUCAAAAAGGUGUUGACAAUACUGUUGAAUUGUUGAAUAAUCUUAAUCAAAUUCAAGCUGGAAAAACAGGUGAAUCAUCUCAACCAUCUACUGAACCACCAUUACCAUCAUCAUCAUCUGUCACUGCUGCUGGUAGUACAUCAGCUACUCAACCUACUAGUCCGACUUCAGUUGUACCUGUUGACACUACUCCACAACUGCAAAUGGCCAUGAAGCCGUCAUUAUCUACAUCUACAUCAGUACCUCCACCAGCACAACAGCCACAACCACCACAACAACAACAGCAUAACCCACCUCCACCAUCAUUACCACCAACCUUACCUCCACAACUUCCGAGCCUAUUGCAUCAAGCUCAACCACCACAACUCCCUAUUGCAGCACCAGUUUCCCAGUUACAACAUACUAUGCCUUUACAAACACAUCAUCAAUAUUAUUUGAAUCCCUCUAAUACUCCACCUCAGCAUAGAUCUAACCCAAUGUCUCCAAUCCCACAAAUUGCAUUACAACAGCAACAGCUACAACAACAACCUCCUCCUCCUCCUCCUUUGACUGCACAACAAAUAGAGAGACAAAGAGCAUUACAUAGACGAUUAUCGAGACAAGCGACCACUUUAUUUGAAAUGUGGGACGAUUUCAAGGGAUUGGAAAAAGAAUUACGUGAUCAUGAUAUAACUGUCACAGAAUGGUUAAAGGUUCAUGGAAGUUCUGAAAGACAAUUUAGACAUACAAGAUUGAAAAUCAUCAAGUUUAUAGAAGAGGAAGCUGUGAGAAGAAGAACGAGUGUGGAGUAUAUUAAAGAAAGGUUGCAUAAUAAGAUGAGAAAUAGAGUUAGACCAUGGACAUUGGAUGAAGUUCAAAGAAUGUUGACUGCAAACAAACGUAUAGAUCUUGAUGAUAAUAGUUAG